GUGUUCGCUCUCGUAUCAUUGACAGUGAUCAUAGAGAAAGGGAGAUUAUACUUUGUCUCAACUUAAAGAAAAAAAAGGAGUUUUCCGAAUGGCAUCAAGAACCACCAUUAAACAACAGGGCGCAGAUGAAGCAGUAGUGAAAGGAGGGAAACACCGGUGUGCAGCGAAAGGAAGGAACCGCAAGGCGUUAGGUGAUAUUGGGAAUUUCGUCAAUGUAGGAGAAGUUGAAGUUAAACCUAAUCGACCCAUCACAAGGAGUUUUAGAGCUCUUCUACAUGCCCAAGCACAAGCAGCAGCAGCCGCAGAUACUGAUAAGAAUAAUAAGAAACAGGUUUCUGCCAAUGUGGCUGGACUUCCACCUGUUUCUAAUGCAGUUGCAGCGACCAAAAGAGUGGUCCAAAAACGGGGUAAAAAAAAAGUCACUGUAAAACCAAAACCUGAGAAACCCAUCGACAAGGAAGCUAUCCCAGAUAAGAAGAUUCAGAAAAACAAGACAAGGGAAGGAUAUGACAACUCUAAGAAGAAUUCACACGCUUUUACUUCAGUGCUCACGGCUCGAAGCAAGGCAGCAAGCGGCAUAACAAACAAACCGAAGGAGCAGAUUAUUGACAUUGAUGCUGGUGAUGUUGACAAUGAGCUUGCUGCUGUGGAGUAUAUUGAUCACCUUUACAGGUUCUAUAAGCUUGUUGAGAAUGAGAACCGCCCUCGUGACUACAUAGAGUCACAACCUGAGAUAAAUGAGAGGUCCAGAGCUAUACUAGUUAAUUGGCUGAUCGAAGUCAACACCAAAUUUAACCUUUCACUUGAGACCCUUUACUUGACAAUCAAUAUCAUUGAUCGGUUCCUAUCAGUUAAGAGUAUUCCAAGGAGUGGGGAACUGCAAUUGGUUGGCAUCAGUGCCAUGCUGAUGGCAUCCAAGUAUGAAGAAAUCUGGGCGCCUGAGGUUGAAGGUCUUGUCUGCCUUACAACAUACACUCAUGAACAGAUACUGGUUAUGGAGAAAACCAUACUAUAUCAGCUGGAAUGGACUUUGACUGUGCCAACACCUCUUGUUUUCCUGGUUCGUUUUAUCAAGGCAACAGUCCCAGAUCAGGAGUUGGAAAACAUGGCUCAUUUUCUGUCUGAGUUGGGAUUGGUGAACUAUGCAACCAUAAUGUAUUGCCCGUCAAUGAUUGCUGCCUCAGCAGUGUUCGCAGCUAGAUGCACUCUGAAUAAGACUCCCCUUUGGAAUGAGACACUUAAGUUGCACACUGGUUACUCACAAGAACAACUUAUGGAAUGUUCUAGAUUAUUGGUGAGUUUCCACUCCAUGGUUGGGGAUGAAGAAGAGCUGAAGGUAGUGCACAGAAAGUAUUCUGAUCCUCAGAAAGGAGCUGUUGCUAUGCUCCCACCAGCUAAAAAUCUUCUGCCUGAAGGUACUGUUUCUCAAUAGAGUUGAAGAAGCAGGCAAAAAUCAACUCCUUUAGUUUUUUCACAGUCAAUUCCUUCGUCGCCUUAUGAAAUUCACU